UGUCUCUCCCGACUACUAACCCGCUACAGUCCCAAGUGCACCCUAUGGCCGUCUCCAUGUCCGAACGAACCGACGAGGUAGAUUGACUCCAUCGCCGUAAUCACCACCAUGACCACCGCAAUCUUCCUGGCCACGACCUUUCAAUGCUCCCCCAUCGACGCCGUGGCGUUCUGGUCGGCGACGGCCGCGCUGUACCUGCUCACCGACGUGUGGGUGCUCGUGCUGCCGGUUCAAACGAUUCUAGGGUUCCUUGGCCCCCCGUGUCCCCGUGUCCCCUCCGGGACAGUGAUCAGGUUCUAACCCGUGAAACAGGCCUCCAAGCCAGUCGCAGGAAGAGACUCGUCCUGACGGGGCUGCUUUCUCUCGGAGCAUUGUGCGUUUUCCUCCCACCUCACCCAGCAUUGCCCAUGACACUGAGAAAAGAGCGUCUGUAUCGCCAGCAUCGUCCGGAUGGUCUACAUCGUCCAGCUGUACCAGGGGACCGACCAGAGCUGGUACAGCGUGGACGUCUCGAUCUGGUCCGGGGUGGAGCUGGCGCUGGGGAUCGUCGCGGCGAGUAUUUUGAGUCUGAAGCCGAUUGUGCACCAGCUGGCGCCGGGGGUGUUGUCGUCGGGGGAGGGGAGUAGGGCCCGUGAGUCGGGGGCAGCGGGUCAGAGGAGGUCGGUGGGGCGGCUCCACGAGGAUAUUUCGCUGGUCGGGUUGACGGGGAAGCGGGAGGAUGGGGAUUGUGAUUCGAGUGCUAGUUUUGUGUGAGGGACGUCGCCAGGUGGGGUGUCUCUCGCAGGAGCG